GUGAUGAGCCUGCUGUUCCUCCUCAUCCUCCUGGCUGUGUACACACCUGCACAUGGCACCUGGGACAACUGCAGAGGGACCUGUGGGCAGCGGCCCAUGGCUGACUUCGACUCCAUAACUGCUGACUACAGAAUCAUGGCUGGCGCAGGGGCCCUGCCCGGGGCCUGGCCCUGGAUUGUCAGCAUCCAGGACCCCAGGAAAGAUGGCAGCGGCCACACGUGUGGAGGGUCCCUCAUUAGCCCGCAGUGGGUCCUCACAGCAGCACACUGCUUCCUCCAGGCCAGGAACGUCACCAAGUGGCGCGUGCUGAUCGGGGCCACCCAGCUGAGCCACCUGGGCCCCGAGGCUCAGGUGCGCCACGUCAAGAGGCUGCUGGCCCACCAGGAGUACACGGCUGACUCCCAGCAGAAUGACAUUGCCCUGCUGGAGCUGGACGAGCCCGUGGAGUGCAGCGACUACGUGCAGCUCGCCUGCGUGCCCAACGCCUCGCUCACGGUGUCGGAGCUGAAAACCUGCUAUAUCGCUGGAUGGAGUUCUGCCAGUGCUAAAGCUCAGGGUGCCAGCGAUGUCCUGCAGGAAGCCAAGGUCCGGCUCAUGGAUAUCCGGCUGGUCAACAGCAGCCGCUGGUACGCCGGGGCCAUCCACACCCACAACCUGUGUGCUGGCUACCCACGGGGUGCCAUGGACACCUGCCAGGGUGACAGUGGAGGGCCUCUGGUGUGCAAAGACAACCGUGCCAGCUACUUCUGGCUGGUUGGAGUGACCAGCUGGGGGAAAGGCUGUGCCAAAGCCAAACAGCCCGGAGUCUACACCUCCACUCAGUACUUCUACAACUGGAUCCUGAUCCAGAUGGGCAUGUGCCCACCUGUGACAGCCACUUCAGCGCCAGAGUCACCCUGCAUCUCAAUGCCUCUGGAGCAGCCAACACCAACACCAAAACCAACACCAACACCAUCAGGCUGCUCCACCUCUACUACCACUGCAUGUCCACAAACAACUGUCACAGAGGCUCCAACGCCAGCGCCAACCUUCAGCACAACCCCCCCUGUGCAGACAACACCAACACCAACACCAACACCAACACCAACAGAGGCAGGCUGCUCUACUACAGCCAGUACUUAUCAGCCAACUGCAGUAACCAUGCCAGAGAUACCCUGGCCCUUAAAUUUCUCUGUGGAGCCAAUGCCAACAGACUCUCUCUUUCCCACGCCACAUCCGUACGAGAUACUGCAGCAUUUCCUAACUCAGGUGCACGAGAUGCUGCAGAGACUCAUGGGGAACAAGACAGAAGCAGGAGGAUGA